AUGUCGGAUAUUCCUAAUUACGAUUAUUUAUCUGCUGACGGGUUAGAGAAAGUUAAAAUCAUCUGCUUAGGAGACAGUGCCGUCGGGAAAUCAAAAUUAAUUGAAAGAUUUUUGUUAGAUGGAUUCAAGCCACAGCAGCUUUCGACGUAUGCCCUAACAUUGUUCAAACACAGAGCACGUAUCGAUGACAAGGACGUUUUAGUAGAUUUUUGGGAUACGGCAGGCCAGGAAAGAUUUAGCAGCAUGCACCCGUCUUAUUAUCACCAGGCACAUGCUUGCGUACUUGUUUUUGACGUGACCCGCAAAGUAACCUACAAGAACCUACCAAACUGGUACAAAGAACUCAGAGAGCAUAGACCUGAAGUGCCAUGUCUGUGUGUUGCCAACAAAAUCGAUGUGGAUAUGGAUGUAGUGAAGAAAUCUUUCAACUUUGCCACGAAGAAUAAACUACCAUUAUAUUUUGUUUCUGCCUCAGAUGGCAGUAACGUCGUUAAGGUCUUUAAAGAUGCAAUCAGGGCUGCAGUUGCCUACAAAAAUAACUCGACAGACAUCACCGAUGAAAUUAUGAAGGAACUAGAGGUAAUAUAA